AUGGGCAAUUAUUUAUUAAUAAUAACUUGCCUGCUAUUAACUAGCAAUUUUUGUGUGCAAACAAUAAUUGGUGCGAAUGUCGAUCGGAUUGGCGAGGAAACGUCACAAACAAAUUCAACAAAUCCACAGGGAGCAGUGAACCCGAAGACAGCAACCAGAAAUCGUGUUGUUAAUGGAACAUCUUUUAAAGAUGCCCCGUCAACAACAACCCUACCUUCUGUCGUGCCCUCAUCGACAACCGUUCGUCGUGUCAGUAGCAGUCGACAGCGCGACAAUAAACUCAUGAACGUGCUUCAAGCGCGUCGCAGCGUCUUAAAUCGCGAUCGUUGGUCUUCCAACGGAAAAUCCAACGCAACAACUUCCGCUUCGAACGAUCCCCUGGAUGGAUCUUCGCCGCAUCAAAAUUCGCGAAGAAACUUAGGAUUAAGAGAUAGUUUAGCAGUUAAGGGAAUAAGUGUGAGAAAUAGUUCCAGUAUUACAAAUAAUUCAAUUGUCGAACCUUCGGAUUCGGAAUACUUGCAAAUGGACGAAAGUAUCCAUCAGGCAUACAACGUGAGUCCCGAAGCGUCAUCAUCUAGCAUAACCAAAGAGCCACGAACAUACGUGACACUCAAUCGUACAAAAACACGCGGCAAAAGUCCAACCCUGACAACAAAAAUCGAAUUUACGACAAUCAAAGCGACGCGUUUGUAUUACGAUUCGCGCCAAAAACCAAAUCGCGGGAAAACGCGAUUUAUGAUGCAAAAGUCGCCGUACGAUAGUGAAUUGCUGCAAUUUGCUAUUUACGGACAGAAAUCGGAUGUGACGCCAAAAAGUCAACAAAUUUCAACGCAAGGGAGAAAAAUCAACAGAAAACGCGGGAAUGCGGUGACUUCGUCCCCAAUCUUAUCCGGGGAUGGCGAGAACAAAAUAGGGGGCGAUGAAAAAUUAGAAAUUUUAGAUGUUUCUGUGCCUCCAAGAGCUUCUUCCACAGAAAAAGCUCGGUUAUGGCAAACGCGAUUCAAUCAAGUGACCCGAAAUGUAGUUGCUUAUAACAAUGUUUUACGUCGCCAUCCCUCAUAUUUGGAGCAAAUGAAGGCAGAUUCGUCUUAUACGAUCAUUCAUCCGACUACUUUGCGCCCGAAAGUUGCUUCCGCAAGUACAAAUCCCUCCGCCUCAUUGAAUCCCGUGAAUAAUUUCAUCGAAACUGAGACAAAAGAAGUCUUUUUGCGCAGUGCCAAUGCCACGCAGCUCGAAAGUACGACAGAAACUCCCGAAGUAACGACCAUAACCUCACAACGGGUGCCUGGAUUGAUCAUUAACAUCCCGGAUGACGCGACGCCCGAAGGUUCAAACAGUUUUCCCAUCGACGAAACUUCUCAUAGUAACGCCCAUGUCAAUCCUGUAAUUUUUUAUACGACAAUUCCGAGUGUUUCUUCAACUCAGGAGGCUUUGUUGACAAAAAGUACGCCGGAAAUUGUCACCGCGAUAAAUGUUAUUGAAGAAGAGCACGUGCAAGAAGCAAAAAUCUCCGUUUUGAAUGUUCCUCGAGCCGGCGGCAGGAGUUUAAAUGAUGAAAUUAGCACUUCUGAGGCGCCAUCGACGACAAGUACAAGCACGACUACAACUUCGACAACGCAAAAACCGUCGACGAAGCCGUCAACAAGUCGUCCCUUGACUUAUCGCCCGAAUCAGGAGUUUACGACGCGUUCGAGCGCGGUAACAACAACUGCGACAACUUCAACGACGACAACAACAACGACUCGAGCGCCAUCUACAACGUCAACUACAUCGACGACAACUACAACGACGACUGUCAAACCAACGUCAGAACGUCCCGAAAUCCCGCCUUCGACAACAAAACGCAGCGUUUCGUCGUCAGUUAAUCGUUUCAACUCCAUUCCCGCGAAUAAUGACGUCACAAUUGAGAUUGACAAGAUGAAUCUCGCUACUUAUGUGAUGAUUGCCAUUGCAAUGGUGCCAGUUUUGGCGAUUAUUUUGUACGCCAUUCGUGUGAUCAUUCACAAUCAUGACAACAAGAACGGCUUGGAUAUGAUCGAUGGGCAGCCAAUUAGUCCCGUGGUUAAGUUGGAUUCCGAUACGACGAGUAACAGCACGGAUGAGAGCGUUUUGGGGCACGAGUCGAUGAUGUUCAACAGGAAUAAUUUAAGGUUCAAGAGUUUGCUGGGCGAAGGGAAUUUCGGGCAAGUUUGGAAGGCGGAAGUUGAUGACGAUCGAGGGCAUUUGCAAGGAACGACGAGAGUUGUUGCGGUAAAAACGGAGAGGAGAGACAAUGGGCAGGGCGGAUUGAAAGCUGAGGCGGAAAUUAUGAGGAAACUUGGAUCGGCGCAUCAAAAUGUUGUAAAGUUGCUUGGAGCGUGUACUGAACAAGAACCUCAUCUCAUCAUCAUGGAAUACGCCAUGCGAGGACGUCUCUUAUCACUUCUUCGUGCAGCUCGAGGCGGAAGAAACAGUUUGCCUCAAACUCUUCCAACGAGACCUGCUGUUAUGCCUUUGUCUCCGCGUCGUUUAACUGGAUUUGCUUUGGAUAUCGCGAAAGGAAUGGAAUAUAUUGCGAGUAAAAAGAUCGUUCAUCGCGAUUUAGCAGCCCGUAACAUCCUCUUGGAUCACAAUGGCAUCUGUAAAAUUUGUGAUUUCGGCAUGUCGAUCGAUUUAGGAAAAUCUGAAGAGUCUCAUGCCAUUCCGAAAAUCCCGCGCGUUCAUUCCGAGUCGCGAUUCAAGUUUGAUUUGGCAAAUCGUGCCUUUAAUGGCGCCGCUCGUCAUUGGGAUGCGUGGAUUCAUCAUGGCGACACGCAAAAACAAGAGAAAAAUAAUCGACCUGCGUUGCCGAUUCGAUGGAUGGCACCCGAAGCGCUGCAGUAUCACAUUUAUUCGACGAAAACUGAUGUUUUUGCGUUUGGAAUUGUGCUUUGGGAGAUUGCAACGUUAGGAUCAACUCCUUACCCGAAUCUCUCAGGCAGAGAAGUCAUCCGAAACGUUCCAAAUGGCACUCGACCCGAAAUCCCGAUGGAUUGCCGUCAAGAAUUGUACGAUUUGAUGAACCGCACAUGGUCGAAGGACCCAAAUCAGAGACUUUCGUUCACCGAAGCACGUCAAAUUCUGCAAAGGACAGUGUGCCAAUGGCAAUGUGAUGAUAACGACACCGAUACCUCCGAAUACAUGGAUGUCAGUGGCUUCAGCGAGGAUCUCGAACACGGCAUGGUGUAUUUCAAUCGACGCGUUUCCGAGUUUGAAUGCGAAAUUUAAGCUUUUGUAAAUAUUUUUUGACUAAAAUUAUUUUUUCUCUCACACAAAAAAAGUAUUGUUUCAUAGUUUGUAAGCGAAUUUCGUAGGAUAUCAAGUCUAGUCCCCGAAUUUAUUAAUUUUUUAUGUAAAAAAUUGUAAUUUUCUGUUCUAUGUUGUAUUAUUUUAUGAAAUAAUCGUUAGUUAGUUAGAUAGAAAAUUAAUCGAAUAAAACAUACAGUUAUGAAUUCCUAAAAAAAAAUAAUUUUUGUAGUUUUUAAGGAUUGUAAAUUUUUUGAAUUGUAUUAUUACGAUGUUAAGGUUCGAAUAAAAAUUUAA